AUGUCAUUAUUUUCAGAUUUCAAACGAUGGGUUACAGUAUGGGCAUUGACUUUUGCCUUUUCUUUUCCCAAAGCUAGCACUCCCCGUAGGGUUAUUUAUUUUCUUCGAUUAUUCUUAUUUCAAGGAAGAAGAGACUGGAUUCAUAAAGAUGAGACUCACGGUUAUUGGAUCGCCGAAGAUUUAAAAAAGAAUGCCAAAAGAGAGGCAAUUCAAGACAGGAUCUCGGAGGCAAACAUUAUUAUUUUAUGGGUUCCAGGUGGUGGUUUCCGUUUUGAUUUGGGUCAAUUAUAUACAUCUACUUUCGCCACAUGGAUGCGUGCACUAGACGCAGAUAAAAACAUCAAGAGCAUGGUAUUUGUUGCAGAUUAUAAGCAUGGACCCGAUAAUUUGUUUCCCGCUGCUAUUAAAGAUGUCGGUGAUACUUAUCACUGGCUGACAGAAACACUUAAUAUUGACCCAAAGAAAAUUAUUAUUGGCGGAGACGAUGCUGGUGUUGCUAUUGCAUUGGAUACAUUACUAAACAAGAUUGAUCCUUCAAAAAAGCCUGCUGGUAUGAUCUGUGCAUCACCUUAUACAGGACUAGAGGCUGGCGGAGAAUCUUGGAGAACGAAUUUAGGAUUGGAUAUACUUAAUGAGAACUCGAUUACUCGUAUGGAGAACGCCUACAUGGGAAUUGAGUCUGAAGAUGAAGUUAUUGAAUACGAGGGUGGCUUAUCUCCUUUUGCUUAUUUAAGAGAUUCUGUGGAUUUAGGCAGCCUUUUACCCAGCCGUAUGCUUGUUUAUUUGGGUGGUAAAGAGGUCUUAUUAGAGGAAGGUGGUUUAUUAGCUAAUAGAGCAGCAAGAUCUGGUGUACAAGUGAUGGUUGUGCAAGAGCCCUCCGGCAUUCACCUAUGGUCUAUGCUUCCAGAUAUUUUUAUUAAGCAAGAUGAUGUUAAACAAUAUGCCGUCGAUAGAUUUGUAGAUUUUGUCGCUGGAACAAUCAAAAAAUAA